AUGCAAAACGCGCCCGCCCAGGGCAUGGACCCACCCGACAGCAGCCCACCUGGAGCCCCCGUCGGCCCCGCGCGGCUGCCCAGAGCCCCCGCAGGCCCUCACGGCUGUCUGGGCCCCCAGGCCCACCCAGAGCCGCCGUCAGUUCCUUCACGGCUGCCCCUGGCCCCGCAGGCCCACCCAGAACCCCACCCGGAGCCCCUCACGGCGGCCCCGGGGCCUCCAGGCCCACCCGGAGCCCCUCACGGCUGCCCGGGCCUCCCAGGCCCACCCGCAGCCCAGCGUCGGCCCUCCACGGCUGCCCGGGCGCCCCCCCCCGCUUCCGGCCCCCCAGGGGCCCCCCGUCAGCCCCUCACGGCUGCUCGGGCCCCCCGGAGCCCCAAGUCGGCCCCUCGGGCCCCCCGGCGCCUGCCGCGCUGCUCCGCCAAGAGAGGAGGCCUGCAGGCCUCGAGGCGGCCCCACGCCCGGGCGCCCGCCCCGACCCCCGGCCCGGCCCGCGGCGGCUCUCACCGGCUCCCGGCUGCACGGCUCCGCGGGGCUCAGCGGCGGCGCGCGGGCGAGGCCAUGCAGCCCCAGCCCGUCCCCCGGCCCGAGCGGGAAGGCGGCGGCGGCGGCGGCGGGCUCCGAGCGCCGGCGAAGCGGCGAGGCCGGCGGGAGGCGAGCCCGCCCCUCGGGCGCGGCCAGGCUCGGGCGGCGCCGCGGCGGCGCGGGCGCUCACUGAGGGGACGUCGGGCCGCGCGCUCGGCGGCGGCGCCUCCCCGCCUGGGGCCCUCGCUCCAUCGCGCUCCGGCUCGGCGGCCUCUGGCUCCCGGACCCGGCGGCGGCUGCGGCGGGCGCCGGCCGCAUGAGACGCCGCCGCCCAUUGGCCCGCCGUAUCCGCCUCCGCCAUUGGCCCGCUGCGGCCGGGCACAGGACUGCGCACGUCACGGCGUCGGGGAGGAAGUGCGCCGGCGGGCGUGA